AUUUUUUCCUUUUCGAAUCAGUUUGUUUGUUGUUCGAAAGUACCGAAUCCCAAGGCCGCAACUUCAUUCUCUCUCAUACUAUUUGUUUCGGUAAAAUAAAAUGCUCGCCGGGAAUCAUCUCUGACAUGUUUUCCGGUUAUGUAUCCCCUGAACUGGAUCUAGCUACUCCCUCUUCUUUCUCCGGUUAAACUCAUCUGUCCAUUCAUCUUCACCUCAUACGCGUCUGACGGUGCAGAGCAGUGUCAGAUUCUCAGUUGCGAUCUGGAUAUCUCUCAAUUCUGGCAAUGAUCAUUUGAAGCUAUUUGAUAUCCGGAUUGAAAAUGAAGGUUAGAUAGUGUAUAUCAAUAUUUGGAACUAUCGAAUUUAUGCAUAGCCUUAUUAGGAAGUCUGAAUUUGAUUUUACAUUUAUCAAGGAUCUCUAUUGCUACUAAAGUUCGACUGGAUGCAUUUUUAGUUCCUAGUCCAAAUUAUAAUCAUUGAUCCUGGGGAAUGGACAGGGAGUUGCUGUUCGAUUGGAAACAGUGACGCUGAAAAGAGAAGGCACAUUUUGGUAGUCUUAACUGGAGUACUUUUGACAAUAUGGGAUUUGAAACCCACGAAACCAAGAAAUUGAUUCUCUCUUGUUCAUAUAAGAUCAAUAAGUCCUCAAUUGAUCAUUCAUAUCUGAAGGGUGGUAAACAUGCUUUGGAUACGAGUUCUGGUGGAGUGGACGAUGGUUGCGCGAAAUUAGGACCAAAUGACUCUCUCCUCCCUGGUCUACACAAUGAUGUAGCAUUGACAUGUCUAGCUUGGACAUGUAGAUCAGAUUAUGCUUCACUCUCUUUCCUAAACUCAAAAUUCAAUUCAUUGCUUAAAAGUGGAUAUCUGUAUGAGUUGCGAAGACAUCUGGGAAUUGUUGAACAUUGGGUUUACAUGGUUGCUGACCCUAGGGGUUGGGAAGCUUUUGACCCCUUUAGAAAUAAAUGGUUCCGUUUGCCUAAAAUACCUUGUGAUGAGUGUUUUAACUAUGCUGAUAAAGAGUCGUUAGCCGUGGGUAGUGAGUUGCUUGUUUUCGGUCGCGAAUUGUUUGAUUUUGCCAUAUGGAAGUACAGUUUGGUCAGGCAUAACUGGAUCAAGUGUGAUGUUAUGAACCACCCACGUUGCUUGUUUGCAUCCGGUAGUAUUGGAUCGAUUGCAAUUGUUGCAGGGGGGAGUGACAAGAACGGAAAUGUACUUAACUCUGCUGAGCUUUACGAUUCUUCAACCGGAAAAUGGGAGAUAUUGCCCAACAUGCACUCUUCACGCCGGUUAUGUUCUGGUUUCUUCAUGCAUGGGAAAUUCUAUGUGAUCGGUGGAAUGACAAGUGCCACUGACUCUUUAACUUGUGGGGAGGAGUUUGAUCUAAAAACCAGAAAGUGGAGAAAAAUAGAUGGAAUGUAUCCAACCGUCAAUAGAGCUGCACAGGCACCUCCAUUAGUAGCAGUUGUUAGUAACCAACUCUAUGCAGUUGAGUAUCUAACCAACAUGGUGAAGAAGUAUGACUGGGAAAAGAACACGUGGGAUGUAUUGGGAAGACUACCCGUGAGGGCCGAUUCUUCAAACGGUUGGGGUCUUGCUUUCAGGUCAUGCGGGGAAAGGCUUCUCAUUGUGGGAGGCCAACGGGGCCCUGAAGGUGAGGCUAUCGUGUUGAGUGCUUGGUCACCUAGGUCAGCUAUUAAGGAUGGAACCUUGGACUGGAAGGUUAUUGGGGUAAAGGAGCAUUCAGGUGUCUUUGUUUACAAUUGUGCUGUGAUGGGUUGUUAAAAACAAGGGAGAGGUCUUUUAGGUACACUAUUCUAUUCAACACAUUUGAUUUACAUUAUUCUUCAUUGUAACUUAAAUUGGGGUGGGUUUUUAUUUAAAUUUUUUUCGUAAUAUAUGUUCACCAUUUGUUUGCUCUGCUGAUUAUUGACGGCUUUCAAGUUGGUUGUGUGUUGCCGGAUCAACUUUCAUCUGCAGAACAUGACCACAUUACCACAAGGUUCAUUGUUAAUGACUUAAUGUCCGAGUUUGCUUUGUAGAUGCUUCGUUGUAAAAUUUAUGUACUAAAAACAUUCAAUUAUUAUUCUCCUGCUGAGAAAUGCAACUUUCCUUUCCUUCAUCCAUACUGACAUGUAUAACCUGUAUGUGCUAAUUUGUUUACAAUUACAUUCAUAUUGAAUUUUUCUCUAUCCUACAAA